UUACAAAUAAAAAAAAAUCGUACGAAAAUUAUGUUGUGCACACAGCCAGCAGAUACAACGACCAAGAACUCGAGUGUAUGUGAAUAAAGAAAGAAGAAGAAGAAAAAAAAAGUUAAACAGGAAUAUCGAUUUUUACAUACUCCCCCUCUACAUAGUAGUAUACACAAGGAUAUAAUACAAAGUGUGGUGUGUGUAAAUUUUUCGUUCCGAAUGCAGUAUUAUCUACUCUAUUUACUACAAUAAAUAUCGGUUAAUUAUAUCUCACUCGCCCGUAAACAAAUAGAUAAACUCGAAAAUAUAAUUAAACAUAAAACAAACGAACGAUGUCUUUCAUCAUCGAAUUAGAUCGUAAGAACAAGACCUACCAGCCAGGCGAUAAAAUUACGUGCAAAGUCGAGAUAACGUUUGAGGCGCCCGUAAAAGUGCGUUGCAUUGCCGUGCGUUUUCACGGAUUCGCGGCGACAGAAUGGACAAAAGUCAAGUCGGGUCGCGGCAAGAAACGAAUUAAGACUUAUGCUGCCUACGAGGAGUACUUUCGAACGUAUAACGAUUUGACGGGCGAACGUGGAGGACCCGAGCUAGAACUGCCCGCCGGUCGAAACGUUUAUCCCGUGGAAUUCACACUGCCUCUCUGUCUGCCAAGUAGUUUCCAGGGUCUGCAUGGCGGCGUGCACUACACAAUUAAGGCGAAAAUCGAGGCAGACGGCGAUUUUUGCAAGUCGCUCAAGGAAGAGUUCCACAUCGAGUCGCCGCUAGACCUGAACUUGUACCCCAUGACAAAGGAACAGCAAAAAAUCGAAGAAAUCAAAUAUUUCUGUUGCUGGUGUUGCCGUUCGGGCCCGCUGACUCUCGUAACGACAGUGCCGCGUACCGGCUACUUGCCGGGCGAAAAAGUAAACUUUUUAGUGGAGUGUGAUAACGUAAGUAGGAUAGAUGUGUUGUCGAUUAAGGUGUUUCUCAGGGAGAUACAGACAUACCGGUCGACGAGUCCGCGCAUCAAUACCAAAGUGCACGAAGAACUUGUGGCGGAAGUGGAGUUUGACGAGGGCGUCAAAAGUAACGACACCAAAACGUACAAAGGCGAGCUCGCGAUUCCGCACGAAAAGGUCAAGAACCUCAAGAAUUGCACACUCAUCGAUGUGGACUACGAGGUGUAUGCCAUUGCGGAAGUCAACAAGUUGCACAUGGACUUGGAGAACAAGUUGCCAAUCACGUUGGGAAAUAUCGCAUUUGCCACGACACCGAGUGACGUCAUCGUAUCCGGCCACAAACCCAAAUCCACGAAAUCCGGCAGCAUUCCAUUCAUCGAUUCCACCGACUAAUAAUAAAAUGUAAAGUGAAACAAAGCGAAUAAUAAGUCAACGAAAUAUCAAGCAAACAAAAUCAUCAUCAAAGUAAUUAGAUAAAAAACGAAC